AUGGCUGGAGUGCUUGACCCCGUCACUUCCCUGAUCGGCGACCUCAUCCCUGGCGGCAACACCAACCCCGUCUCGUCGUCCACAGACCUUCCAUCAUCGACCCGGUCGUCUUCGUCUCAAGGACCGAGCUCCGUGAGUACGACGGAACAAGCUUCGACGAGUUCCACGAGUCAGGCUGCGCCGACGACCACAAGUGCGAGUAGCGAGUCAAGUGUGAGCUUCCCCUCGACGUCGACGACGAGUUCAGAGGCGUCGUCUGCGGCUCCGACGACCACCUCUUCGCGGGAGCCACCAUCAACAUCUACGACGCAACCGCCAUCGACGACCAGCUCCACGCAACCACCGCCCACCACCAGCUCAAGCACCACGUCCAGUCGUGAGACGAGCAGCUCUACGAGCGAACCGCCGACUUCGUCUUCGACACAGCCACCCUCGUCGAGCAGCACGCAAGGGCCGGCGAGUUCAUCCACCCCUGAUCGACCCUCGUCCACACAACGGCCUUCCAGCACCUCCCUCCCAGACACGUCUUCAUCGACCGAGAUUCUGACGCCUCCCACCGCUUCAUCCUCGACCCGACCCUUGAACCCAUCUCCGUCCGCCUCAUCUGCACCGCCCUCCGACGAUCCAUCCGCAUCGACAUCGGCCCGUCCCGACAACUCUGGACCAUCUCCGACCUCUUCUGCCACAAACUCGAACAACGACGCCAACGCCAUUGAUUCCAACACCACCGCUAACAACAAUAAUAACAACAACAACAACAACAACAACGAUGGCAACAACAACAACAACAACAACAACAAUAACAACAACAACAACAACAACAAUAACAACAACAACGCCGCCGAUGCAUCAUCUACGCGCGGCCGUGACCAACCUUCGCGGAGCAGAUCCGAGUCGAGACCCACAUCAGCCUCGAUCGUGACGACGCAGACAUCGCUCGUCACCGUCACCCUGCCCAACGGUCAGAGCUCGACCUCGACAGCCAUCCAGGUCAUCACCACGGCCAAUGGCCAGCUGAGCGGCGGCGGCGGAAGCAGCUCCGGCAGCAACGACUUUUUCAGCAAUGGCGGAGCCGUCGGCGGCACCUUUGCAGCCGUUGGAAUCGUUUGCGCUGGCCUGGUGGCCGGCGUCGUGUACCUGCUGUGGAAGCGACGCAAGGCGCAGAAGAUGGACGCCGACGUCGUCGCUGCCGCCUCGGCCGCCGCCGCGACGACGCGCACCCCCUUCGACGACGACGAUCCGGAGAUGAUCGAGCACCCGAGCUACGGCACCACCGGCGCCGGCUCGGCGGGCGCUGCUGCUGCGGGUGCCGGCGCAUACGGUGCCUCGGGUCCGAUGAUGCAGCAGUAUUACAACAACUAUGCGCCGUCGACCAACGAGUACGAGCCGAGCCACCUGUCGGGCGGCACCGGUCCGGGCUACGCCGGCAUGGGCGCCUACGGCCCGCCUGCUGGUGCAGGUGGCGCCGCCGUCGCUGGUGCUGCCGCCUACUACGCCGGUGCCGGCAACGGUACCGACGGAUCGCACUACUACGACAACGGAGCUGCCGGACCGCCGGGCAACGACGGCGGCGCCUACGGCGGCUACUAUGGCGGUACCGGCAGCGCGGGCCACGAGAAUGCCUUCAGCCAGCACACCCACGAGGACCCCUACGCGCCGCCCGGCAGCGGCGGCCACGGGUACAGCAGCACGGGCGCCCCGCAGCUCAACUGGAACCCGGGCCACUCGCCGCCGCUGGAUGGAGCCGAGGGCUACGCCGCCGCCGGCGGCAUCGCGGGCGGUGCGCACCGAGGCGGAGACGACCAGCUCCUGGGCAACGACGUCUUCGCCGACCCGAGCGCCAGCUCCAACGAGACCGACGGGCGCCUCGACAUGCGCGCCCACGAGGCCGGCAGCGCCACCAGUCUGCGCGACGACCAGGACUACGGGCGCAAGCUGGCCGUGCGCAACAACUCGGACGAGUAG